AUGCUAUCAAAAUUCCUGAUUCUGAUCUUACAAUUGAUUUUGCUAGUCAAUUUGGCGUCGGGUUUGUCGGAUCAAUCGAUUUCGGUCAAGGGAAAAUUGGUGUGUGGUGCGAAGCCGGCGGCAAAUGUUCGAGUCAAAUUAUGGGAAGAGGAUUCGGGUAGGUCAUAAAGGUGUAGGGUUGGCUGCUUGAUGCUUGCACUCUCUAGCUGUCAUCCCUUGACAAGCAGAUUCUCAAGCGUCUGCGCCUUGAGACAUCUAUAGCUAGUCCUUGUCAGAUGCUUGGGUCAAGGCAGCUGAGCUUUUCUAGGCGCCAUCCCUUAACACUCUCACAAGGUCUCUAGGCACCAUCCCUUGUCACAUCUCUUUUCAAGCACCCACGCCUAGAGGCAGUUUUUUCUCAAGCAACCAUUCCUUGGCAGAGAACGCAAGGAUUCUAGGGUUCACUGCUUGCCUCUGAAGCAACCAGCCCUCAAGCAGCCAUCCCUUGACACCUUUACCUAGCUCUCAAGCGGCCAUCCCUAGACAUCUCUACCUAGCUCUCAAGCAGCCAUCCCUUGACACCUCUAUCUAGCUCUAAAGCAGCCAUCCCUAGACACCUCUAUCUAGCUAUCAAGCAGCCAUCCCUUGACACCUCUAUCUAUCCCUCAAGCAACCAUCUCAAGACACAUCUAUCUAGCCCUCAAGCAGCCACCCCUUCUCACCUCUCUAUUUCCAGGCCCGGACCCGGACGAUCUCCUUGAUCAGGGCUACACCGACGCUCAAGGCCAGUUCAACUUGAAAGGUGGAACCUCAGAGCUCACCCCGAUCGAUCCAAUCUUCAAAGUCUAUCAUGAUUGUGACGAUGGAAUCAAGGUAGGUUAAACGAUGCUCCGCCUUUACACCGGGGUCAUUUCUGUUGAUUUUUGGGUCAAAAAUCGUCAUUUUUCACUCCAAAAUUCGUGUUUUUACAGCCCGGCUCUCGUAAGGUCAAAUUCGCUCUACCGAAAUCGUACAUCACCAACGGCAAAGUUCCCGCCAAAACUUUUGACAUUGGAGUUUUGAACUUGGAGACAAUUUUCCCGGGAGAGGAAAGAGAGAUGUUGGUUUCACGGAAACGCCGUGACUUAGAGAAUUUGGACGCAUUUUUUGAAACUGUUUUGGAAUAA